AUGGCCACCGUAAACGUAAACCGCAGUGUGACGGACAUCUUCUACCGCUACAAGAUGCCACGUCUGCAGGCAAAGGUCGAGGGCAAGGGAAACGGCAUCAAGACCGUGCUGGUUAACAUGGCGGAAGUGGCUAGGGCCAUCGGACGCCCGGCCACCUAUCCAACCAAGUAUUUUGGUUGCGAGCUGGGCGCACAGACACUGUUUGAUCACAAGAAUGAGCGCUUUGUUGUGAAUGGAUCGCAUGAUGUGAACAAGUUGCAAGAUUUGUUGGAUGGUUUUAUUCGCAAGUUUGUGUUAUGCCCCGAAUGCGACAAUCCGGAGACCAAUCUAACUGUGUCCGCCAAAAACCAGACCAUUUCGCAGUCUUGCAAGGCAUGCGGCUUCCACGGUCUGCUCAAAGUUAACCACAAAGUAAACACAUUUAUUGUGAAGAACCCUCCAUCGCUUAAUCCGGCCGCCCAAGGAUCUUCGCUAACCGAGGGCAAACGCUCGAGGAAGCAGAAGCAGAAGAACGAUGCCGAUGGCUCCAUGACCAACAACUCAUUGGCUAACAACUCUGGCGGUGAAUCGGAUGGCGGCAAUGGCACAAACCAGGCUAGCCAAACUGAGGCCGAGAUUAGCGCUGCUAUUCCGGAGAAAACAGCCAAGGAUGACGAUGAUGAGGGAUGGAGUGUCGAUGUUUCAAAGGAGGCUAUUCGUGCUCGUUUGCAAGAUCUGACAGAUGGUGCUAAGGGUAUGACUAUUUCGGAUGACUAUGAUAAAACUGAGAAGGAGCGCAUUGAUAUUUUCUACGAGUUGGUUAAGGACAAGCGGGACAAGAAGCAAUUGGAGGAUGUGCAAACUCACAAGGAGCUGGUGAUCGAAGCAGAACGUUUGGAUAUUAUUAACAAGGCUCCAUUGGUUCUUGCCGAGCUGCUUUUCACUGAAAACAUUAUCAAGGACGUGCAGAAGAAUCGCCCUUUGCUACUUCGCUUCACCCUCAAUAAUCCAAAAGCACAGCGUUAUCUAAUUGGUGGAGUUGAGCAAACUGUCGAGCUGCAUAAGGGUACACUGAUGAGCAAGGUAGCUGGAAUCUUUAAAUUAUUUUAUGAUUUGGACAUACUCGAUGAGGCCGUCAUACUGGAGUGGGCACAGAAGGUCAGCAAAAGACAUGUCUCCAAAAAUAUUGCUGCCGAGAUUCACGAGAAAGCUAUGCCGUUCGUUCUCUGGCUAAAGAAUGCCGAAGAAGAGUCCUCCGAAAGUGAGGAGGAGGAGGACGAGGAAUCUGAUGAGGAUAACUACGUUUCCAGUGCCGGCCAACGCGGCGGUCAACGUGUCGUUCCGCGCGCAGUUCCACGCGCCGUUGCAGGUGACGAGGAUGACGAGGACGACGUGAACAUCGACGAUAUCUAAAAGAAAAACAAGAGAACAGCUACUUUCCUCGAACCAGUAAUAUUUUGGAAAGGGAAGAUCAAGCAAGCAAGCGCAAUCUACAAUUCAAACUGAAAUAUAAAUUAGCGAGUUAAAUCAA